CAGAUCCACUCAGCUAACCUCACAUCUCUCAUCAUGUCCCACAGCUGUCACUCUGGAUACUUCUCCCACUCCUUUGGGGGCCACCUGCCCUAUUCACGCUCCUUCUGUGGUUCUUCGUACCCUAGAAACCUGGUCUAUACCACCAACUUCCACCAUCCCAGGACCUGCCACCUGGGCUCCUCUCACUACAGGGGCUGUCAGGAGAUCUUCCACAGGCCCUCAAGAUGCCAGAAUUCCUGUGUGGUGUCCAGGACCUGCUACCACCCAAGGACCUUCACCCACUGCAGUCCCUGCCAGAGCACCUAUGCUGGAUCUCUGGGCUUUGGGUCCAGCAGUUGCCACUCCCUGGGCUUUGGAUCUAGAAGCUGCCACUCUCUGGGCUGUGGAUCCAUCCACUUCAGACCUCUGGGUUAUAGAAUCCAUGACUGCCCUUCCCUGGGCUAUGGAUCUGGAUUCCACCACCCAACCUAUGUGGCUUCUAGGAGCUUCCAGUCUUCUUGUUACAGACCAACCUGUGGGUCAUCCUUCUAG